AUGCCACACGGAAACCACGCUUUGCCUGUUGGAUCGCGCGUCCUGGUCACCGGCGCGAAUGGAUACAUAGCGACGCAGGUGGUCGAGCAGUUGCUGCUACUGGGAUAUGUUGUGCGGGGGACAGUGCGGGCCUCAAAGCCGUGGCUGGAUGAGUACUUCCACGCGAAAUAUGGCGCGGAUGCGUUUGAACCGGUCAUUGUGUCGUCCUUUUCGAAUCGAGAUGAAAUCGACCGUGCGCUGGAUGGGGUGGAUGGGAUUGUGCACGCGGCCUCUGAUGUCUCGCUGAACACUGACCCUGCGCAAGUCAUCCCGUGGGUCGUGCGAGCUACGUUGGACGUAUUGGAGCUCGCUGCCCAGAGACCAGCUAUUAAACGGGUGGUGCUCGUAUCAUCGUCCACUGCAUUGUAUAGCAUACAUCCGCUCACGUAUGCCAAAGACACAUGGAACGACCGAUCUGUGCGAUUGGCAUGGGACCCUGAAUCUUCGGGCGACACAAAGAACGCCGAGAUCUAUUCAGCCUCUAAGACGGAGGGUGAGCGACAGUCAUAUAAAUGGAUGGAGGAACAUAAGCCCCAGUUCGUUCUGAACAGUGUGCUUCCUGCUUAUACUUUCGGCAAAGUCCUCUCCCCGGAGAUGUUCGGGUCCACGAUGGGCUAUACACGCGGGGCCUUGAAGGGUGACAGUCGUUUUAUAUCAGCUUUUCCUCAACAUUGGUUUGUCGAUGUGGAAGAUAUUGCGCGUUUGUGCGUCGUGGGGCUGCUUGAUCCCAGCGUUCAAGCGGAGCGAAUUUUUGGAUUUGCAGAGAAUCUGAGCGGACGUGAUAUCAUUUCCAUUCUGCAGAAACUGCGCCCGAAUAAUCCUCAUAUCACUCUCCCCGCUGAGAAUGUGAUACGAGACCGAACCGAGGUUCUGCCUCGGAAGCGGGCUGAAGACUUGCUGCGGAGAUUUUACGGUCAGACGGGCUGGACGUCUAUCCGGGAUAGCUUGGAGAAAGGCAUUGAGGGGUGGGAGUAG